AUGUACAAACUUCAAACCAAAAGGGUAAAAGCUGCUGCUGGGCAGAUGUGGACUUUAAAUCUCUCCAAGUUCAGACAAUCUCUCAAAAAUGUUUACCAUAACUGUAAGAGCCAGUACCCAGAUACAACUAGAAAUUCACGUAUGACUUCCUAUGAUUGUGAUCAAGAUGACAUUAGCAGUGAAAAAGAAAUGAGUCUUAUAAUAAUGCUGCAAGAUAUUAAAACUGUCCAAAUUGAACUACUCAGGCAAAUGACUGACAUUGUCAGUGCAGAAUCAAAAACCCAGGGAAAGACUAACUUUUUUCAGGAGCAACUGGAGGUACUAGAAACCAUAAUGAAUGUUAAUGAAGACAGAAAAUGCAUAAUAACUAAAGAUGUCUUCUCUAUAAAAGAAGAUAUUGAUGCUUUAAAGAAGAAGGUGAUGGAACUGGAAAACCAGAAUUCUUGCCCCAGCAUACAUUGUUUAGAAGUUCUAGGAGGACAAAAGGGUAAAGAGGUCAUGGAACUGCUUCACAAACUCACACAACCGGAAACUUUGAAGAACACAUUGGCCUCUACAGAAUCUGAAAUCUCUUCAGCAGAACCAGAGAGAAUGCUCAGUUGUUCCAAGCCCACUGAUCAUCUUGAAGAAAAAACAAUUUCUCCCAAAAUUAAAAUUUUAAAGAAAAAUAACCAUCAAAAUGCAUUAAGCUCUGAAAGAGCAAAGUCAAAUAUUUAUAUUUACCUGGACUUUAGUACAUGAAUCAAGCUAACUUUUGUCCAUGGAGGAAACUGGAGUUUUUUUCUCAGUGCUACCAAGUUAGAAGAAUUCAUCCAGUGGUUUCUUUCUAAGCCAACGAUCUCUCCUGAGGAACCACAACUUAUAACCCAGAGAUAUCGUCCAUUCACUGGGCCUACUGUGAGCUUGACCACAAUCUGUCUCUCUGUUAUAAACUAUAUUUACUGUCUUUUUGGUUCUUCAAAAGAGGAAGCAACUCGACUAUAG